AUAAUAUGAUAGAGAGCCCAGAAAAGCUAAAGAAACAACCUUAUCACUUAUAGCUCAUUCAUGGCCUCCUCGGCUCUCCCUCUCCCUAUCUCGCCGCCUUCAACCACCCCCUCUACCGUCAGCACCGCCAACAACAACCCUUCCCAUUCCUCUACUACCAUCAUCUGCUCUCCACCCCCUAACCCAACUCUGAGAACUCCUUCCAUCCGUUCUCGCCUUAGCCGAAUAUGCCAACAAGGCCAACCCCAUGUCGCCCGCCAGCUUUUCGACACAAUUCCCCAACCAAAAACAGUUCUUUGGAACACUAUCAUCAUCGGUUACAUUUGCAACAAUAUGCCCCAUGAAGCCCUUUUAUUCUAUUCACACAUGAAGAGUUGCUCCUCUCUCACCAAAUGCGACUCCUAUACUUACUCCUCUGUCCUCAAAGCUUGUGCUCUAUCGCGUAAUUUUCGCAUAGGUAAAGCCGUUCAUUGCCAUUUCAUUCGGGGUUUAACCUAUCCUAGUAGGAUCGUGUAUAAUGCUUUGUUGAAUUUUUAUGCUACUUGUUUGAGUUCUAUGGAUAAUAAGGAAAUGGGUGGUUAUAUUGAAGGCUUUGAUUAUGUGAAACAUGACUUGGUAUGUAAAGUAUUCAAUAUGAUGCGUAAGAGAGAUGUGGUCGCUUGGAAUACUAUGAUUUUGUGGUAUGUAAAGACAGAGAGAUAUUUGGAAGCAGUUAAGCUGUUUAGGAAUAUGAUGAAAACAGGGAUAAAACAAAGUGCAGUUAGUUUCGUUAACAUUUUUCCAGCUAUAUCUGGUUUAGUGGACUAUAAUAAUGCUGAAGUUCUUUACGGGAUGCUUCUCAAGUCGGGUGAUGAAUGUGUUGAUAACUUUUUUGUUGUUAGUUCGGCAAUUUCCAUGUUUGCAGAGCUUGGUUGCCUUGAUUUUGCUAGGAAGAUCUUUGACAAUUGCUCGCUGAGAAAUAUAGAGAUUUGGAACACUAUGAUUGGAGGGUAUCUUCAAAAUAAUGUUCCGGUUGAAGGAAUUAAGCUUUCUAUUCAAGCUAUGGAAUUAGGAACUGUUUUUGAUGACGUCACUUUUCUCUCAGCAUUAAUUGCUGUUUCACAGUUGCAGCAGUUGCAUUUGGCAGAACAGCUACAUGCCUAUGUAAUUAAGAAUGAACGAAAAUUGCCACUUAUGGUAGCCAAUGCAAUACUCGUUAUGUAUUCCAGGUGCGGUUCAAUUCACACAUCAUUUGAAAUUUUUGAUAAGAUGCCUGUAAGAGAUGUCAUUUCUUGGAAUACCAUGGUAUCUGCUUUUGUACAGAAUGGGUUGGAUGAUGAAGGGUUAUUACUUGUAUAUGAGAUGCAGAAGCAAGGUUUCUUGGUUGAUUCUGUGACUGUAACUGCUAUACUUUCAGCAGCAUCAAAUCUUAGAAACCAAGAAAUUGGAAAACAGACCCAUGCUUAUCUUCUUAGGCAUGGCAUUAAGUUUGAGGGGAUGGACAGUUAUAUUAUAGAUAUGUAUGCUAAAUCUGGCUUGAUUAGGAAUUCACAGAUACUUUUUGAAAAAAGCAAUUCAAGCAAUAGAGAUCAAGCCACGUGGAAUGCUAUGAUUGCUGGUCUUGCACAGAAUGGGCUUAUUGAAGAAGCUAUUGUCGUCUUUAGAAAAAUGCUUCAGCAAAAUGUAGUGCCCAAUGCUGUGACGUUGGCAUCAGUUCUCCCAGCAUGUAGUCUAAUGGGGAAUAUAGAUUUAGGUAAGCAACUCCAUGGAUUUUCUGUUCGUAAUUUGUUGGACUCCAAUGUCUUUGUGGGAACAGCUUUAGUUGACAUGUAUUCCAAAUCUGGUGCCCUCAAACUUGCUGAAAACAUGUUCUCUAAGAUCCCUGAGAAAAAUUCUGUUACAUACACCACAAUGAUCUUGGCUUAUGGUCAACAUGGGUUGGGUGAGAAAGCUCUCACUUUGUUUAGCUCAAUGCAGGUUUCCGGCAUUCAGCCUGAUGUCAUUACCUUUGUUGCAGUCCUAUCAGCUUGUGGCUAUGCUGGGUUGGUUGAUGAGGGCCUUCAUAUAUUUUAUUCAAUGGAGAGGGAGUUUAACAUCCAGCCCUCAAUGGAGCAUUAUUGUUGUGUUGCUGACAUGCUAGGGAAGGUUGGGAGGGUUUAUGAAGCCUAUGAGUUUGUUGAGCAAUUAGGUGAAAUGGGUAACUCCUUGGAGAUUUGGGGAUCACUUCUUGCAUCUUGUAGGCUUCACCAAAAAUCUGACUUGGGUGAAGUUGUGGCCAAGAGGUUGCUUCAAAUGGAUACAGAAAACAGUACCACAGGAUAUCAUGUUUUGCUCUCUAAUAUAUAUGCAGGGGAAGGAAACUGGGAAAGUGUUGAUAGAGUGAGAAAAGAAAUGAAGGAAAAGGAUAUGCGGAAGGCUGUUGGUUGUAGUUGGAUCGAGGUGGCUGGUUGUGUGAACUAUUUUACUUCAAAGGAUCAAGAACACCCCCAAUCUGAUAAGUUAUAUGAAUUGUUAGGACUUCACAAAGAGAUGAAAAGAUGUUGAUUACAAUAAAUCAUUUUAGAAUUCUUGUUUACUUGGGAUUUCUGAAUUUGAUUACAAAAGAGGAACAUAACUUGUGGACAGUGAUUACACCUAGAGACUACAAAUGGGAGAUGAACAUGAUGUUACUUGGAGCUUUAUUGAUAUGUGGGUAGGAUUCUGGAGCAAGUUACUCACUAGGAGCCUGUUUGAGCAGGUUGGCAUUCACUGCUAGCAGAAUACCUUGACAUGGUGUUUGGUAUGUAACUUGAGCAUUGGAGAGUGAGUUGGUUUAGAUUUUAAGCUGGUUAAAUCAUGAAAGGGGCCUCAUGUUCAUUGUUCUAGUCUGUAACAGACAAAACUUCUCAGUUCUGUCUCCUUAAGACACCCCAUUAUAAGAGCAACCAGAUAUGCGGGCUAGAUGAGGCAUCCUAUAAAUAAGUUUCCGUUUAUACUUGUACAAAUAUACAAAACCUGUCAACAUUGGUUCAUAGUGAAUUAAACUAAUUAAAUAUCAGGCUUUUUAUGGCUUA